AAAGGAUGGGAACCGUUUCGCCUAGACACUUCGUCCUAUUUCCUUUCAUGUCACGAGGCCACACCAUCCCCAUCCUCCACCUUGCUCGUCUCCUCCACCGCCGCCUCCUCUCCGUCACUGUCCUCACCACUCCCGCUAACUCUCCUUCAAUCCGUUCCUCUCUCCUUGACACUACCAUCUCCGUUGUUGAUCUCCCCUUCCCGGUGAACAUCCCUGGUGUUCCUCCUGGGAUCGAAAGCACUGAUAAACUGCCCUCCAUGUCUUUCUUUAUUCCCUUUGUCACCGCCACCAAGCUCAUCCAACCCCACUUCGAACAGGUAAUCGCGUCCCUCCCCACUGUUCACUGCAUCAUCUCGGAUGGGUUUCUAGGCUGGACUCAGCAGUCCGCGGACAAACUAGGAAUUCCUAGAGUUCUUUUUUAUGGUAUGAGCAACUAUGCUAUGACCUUGUCUUCAAUCAUGCUUCGAGAAAAGCCACAUGCGAUGGUGAAUUCGGUCGACGAGGUCUUCUCUGUUCCGGGGCUCCCUUGGGUGAAGCUCACAACCAACGACUUUGAGCCGCCCUUCAGUGAACUUGAACCCAAGGGUGCACAUUUCGACUUCGUGGCGGAAACAGGCGCGGCUGCAUUUAAGAGUCAUGGCAUGCUGGUCAACAGCUUCUACGAUCUGGAACCAAGGUUCAACGAUUACUGGAACCAGAAGAUUGGACCUAGAGCUUGGUGCGUCGGACCACUCUGCCUGGCGGAGCCACCAAGAAUCCAGACCCUACAAAAGCCGACGUGGGUGCAGUGGCUGGACGAGAAGUUGGCUCAAGGGAAGUCGGUGCUGUACGUGGCCUUCGGAUCUCAGGCGGAGAUGGCACCUGAGCAAUUGCAUGAAAUUGCGAUGGGCUUGGAAAGAUCAGAGGUGGCAUUUUUGUGGGUUUUGAGUUCAAAAGUACAGGAGAAACACGAGUUUGUAAAAGGGUUUGAAGAGAGGCUGAAAAAGAGAGCACUGAUAGUGAAAGAAUGGGUGGACCAAAGGGAGCUACUGGCACACCAGAGCGUGAAGGGGUUUAUGAGUCACUGUGGGUGGAACUCAGUGAUGGAGAGUGUGUGUGCGAGUGUGCCCAUCUUGGCUUUGCCUCUAAUGGCAGAGCAGCACCUGAAUGCGAGGAUGGUGGUGGACGAGUUGGGCGUAGGACUAAGAAUCCUGGCCAGCAACGGCUCCGUGCGAGGGUUUGUGGAGUCCAAGGAUGUGGAGAGGAUGGUAAGAGAGUUGAUGGAGAGUGGGGAGAAAGGGAAGGAGGUGAGGAAGAAGGUGAAGGAGGUGGGAGAAGCUGCAAGAGCUGCCAUGGGGGAUGGCGGUCCCUCUUCCCGCACCUUAGACCUUUUCAUUGAUGAGGUGUGUAAUAAGAAACUGAAUUUACUCCCUUCACCAGCUUAAUCCCUUUCCUUGGAUUUUCUUCUUCCGUUUUUAUGUGAAGUCUUCUAAUUGCAUACCUCAUCAUCUAUAUAUCAUGUACUAUGAUCGUCCGCCCAGAAUUAAAUUUAGUUAUCUCAGCUUUUUCUUUUUGUC